AGAAUCAACCAAAAUUUUCGUACUAUCAACAGGCUCUUAAUAUGACAAUUUUUCUCGUCAGUUAUACGAGUGACAACCCCUAAAAUGUUACAAAUGUUACUUUAAUAGCGACAACCACUAAAAAUGUAUCCAAAAUAUGUACAUAUCCCUGUUUUUCUAGUUCAGCCUAAAGAAAAUAAUUUCUUGGAUAGGGACCAAAAGUAUGUGAUCUUUCAUACACUUCUUGAUUCUAAAAUCACUGUAAUUCUUGAUGAUGAUGCCAUUGGUCAGCCCAAGAUUUGACCAUGGAGGAGAUAAUUGCUAGCGGCACUACAAAUUUGAUAUCGGAACCCUCUGAUUCUCUCAGCUCCACCGGCCAACAAAGCCACCGCCACAAGCGGCCGAGGGCGGACCCAAACGCCGCCGGCAACAUAACUUCAUCAAGGUUCAAGGGAGUCGUCGGCCAGCAGAGCGGAAACUGGGGGGCUCAGAUUUACGCCAACCACCAGAGGAUUUGGCUCGGAACUUUCAAAACAGAGGAGGACGCCGCUGCAGCCUACGACAGCGCCGCCAUCCGCCUCCGCAGCGGCGACGCCCACCGGAACUUCGCCUGGACCAGCCUCACCCUUCACGAACCCAAUUUUCAAAAUCAAUUCUCAACCGAAGAAAUCCUCAAGAUGAUCAAAGACGGAUCCUACGUCCCGAAAUUCUCGGAAUUCUGCCAGCAACAAACCGCUCAGACCGGGAUCCAAACCGCCACCGCCACCGCCACCGCCACCGCCACCGCCCCACCGCGGGCAGGGAACGAACCCGGUUCGGUUUUGAGGGAGCUUUUCAAGAAAGAGCUGACCCCGAGCGACGUCGGGAAGUUGAACCGGCUCGUGAUCCCGAAGAAAUACGCGCUCAAAUUUUUUCCUCGCACGACGGCGAUUACGCCGGAGAAUAUGAACGGCGAGGAAUCCAGCGCCGGCGGAGAUCAAGACAUGGAGCUCGUCUUCUACGACAAAUCGAUGAGAUCCUGGAAGUUCAGGUACUGUUACUGGAAAAGCAGCCAGAGCUUUGUGUUCACUCGGGGUUGGAACCGGUUCGUUAAAGACAAAGGAAUUGGCGCGAGAGAUAUGGUGGUUUUCUCCGCCUACGACUGUCCGGAGGAAAACGGGUCAGGAAGACGGACUAUUUGCGUCGUAGACGUGGAAUUCAAUAAUGA